AUGCAGACUCCAAACCAUGAAACCAUCACCGGGUACCUGGCUCAAGUCCGGUCCGACUCCCAUGAAGUUCAGAACAAAGCCCUGAAAACUCUCUCCUACCUCACCAAGGUCAGCCCCCAAAAUAGGAAUUUAGUUGCUCAAACAGAUGGAGCCAUACCUGUCUUCCUCUCCCUCUCCAAAUCGACCUCUGCCACUGCCCAAAUCCUUGCUCUCUCAGUGCUAUUCAACCUCUCCCUUAACCCUAAUCUCAGGCAAACCCUAGCAACUUUGGAGACCACCCACCAUCUCAACUCCAUUGUCCUUGCACCGAGUUCGCCUGAGUCUGGCAGGUUGGCUGCCUCAUUGAUCUGCAGCUUGGCCAUGUUGGACAAGAACAAGGCCCAGUUUGGAGUGGCAGGUACUGUGCAGGUGCUGGUGAAAGCCCUUGCGACAGUGCCUGCCCGAAGCUCUGCAUCUCAUCACCUCGUCAGUUCUCUAGCUGAGCUGGUCCAGUUCCAGGGAAACUGCACAUUGGCUGUCCGGGCAGGAGCUGUGUCGGUGCUGUUUCAGGUGGUGGAGAGCGCUGAUGGAGAAGACCUUGCUGGAAUGUCCCUUGCCAUUUUGGGCCUUCUGGCAAGGUUCGAAGAGGGGUUGGAGGCGAUUAGAGGGAGAAAUGAAGUCGUGGGCUUGCUUGUCGAUGUGUUGAAGAGGAGAUGCAUGUUGAGCAAGGAGGGCUCAGCUGAUAUCCUCCUCCGGCUGUUUGAGGAGAGCGAGGACUGUGUGUGGGAGGCAGCAAGGCAGCCGGAGUUCUCGUCUCUGGUUGCUGAUCUUUCGGUCUGGGGCUCAGCCAAGGCCCGAGAGAAGGCAACUAUGCUGAUGAGGAAGAUGAUGGAGGUUAACUUGGAUUGCUAUGUGGAAGGGAAUCCCAUGGUCCUCCAAUGGUAG